AUGACGGAUCCAACGGUUUCCCGCCAAGUCAACAGCCCAUUGAAACGUAACGAAAGUAACGGCGAAUUCAAACGCCUCCUACUCACCUCUCAAUCGGACUCCAACGACCCAAGCGAAUCACAUACGGAGAAUCAGAUACUCACAAUAGAAGAAGAAGAAGGAGAAGCCACCUUAGAGUCUGUUCCUCCCUUCUCGUGGGCGAAGCUAUGGAAAUUCACGGGACCAGGGUUUCUCAUGAGCAUCGCGUUUCUAGACCCUGGAAACAUCGAAGGCGAUCUACAAGCCGGAGCCGUGGCGGGAUACUCGCUUCUUUGGCUUCUUCUGUGGGCCACGCUAAUGGGACUUCUGAUGCAGCUUCUCUCGGCUCGGAUCGGUGUCGCGACGGGUCGGCAUCUGGCGGAGAUUUGCAGAAACGAGUACCCGUCGUGGGCGAGGAUCCUGCUUUGGUUCAUGGCGGAGGUUGCUUUGAUCGGAGCUGAUAUUCAGGAAGUCAUCGGAAGCGCCAUUGCUCUUCAGAUUUUGACACGUGGGUUUUUGCCUAUUUGGGCUGGUGUUAUCAUCACGUCGUUUGAUUGCUUCUUGAUUUCGUAUCUGGAGAAGUGUGGGAUGAGGAAACUAGAAGGUCUUUUCGGGGUUUUGAUCGCGACAAUGGCUCUUUCCUUUGCUUGGAUGUUCAAUGAAACUAAGCCGAGCGGAGAAGAACUAAUCAUAGGCAUUCUUAUUCCGAAGCUUGGAUCAAAGACAAUCAGACAAGCUGUUGGAGUAGUGGGAUGCGUUAUAACGCCUCACAAUAUUUUCUUGCAUUCCGCUUUAGUGCAGUCAAGGAAGACCAACCCAAAGGACAUAAACAGAGUUCAAGAAGCUCUCAACUACUACAACAUCGAAUCAACCGCGGCGCUUUUCGUCUCUUUCAUGAUCAAUCUCUUUGUAACCGCGGUUUUCGCUAAAGGGUUUUAUGGAACCAAACAGGCUGAUAGUAUAGGACUAGUUAACGCAGGGCAUUACCUACAGGAGAAGUAUGGCGGCGGGGUUUUCCCGAUACUUUACAUUUGGGGUAUCGGUUUGUUAGCUGCUGGACAGAGCAGUACCAUCACAGGGACUUACGCUGGACAGUUUAUAAUGGAAGGGUUCUUAGAUCUUCAGAUGGAGCAAUGGCUAUCUGCUUUUAUAACAAGAAGCUUUGCGAUUGUGCCAACUAUGUUUGUAGCUCUUAUGUUCAACACAUCAGAGGGGUCGCUUGAUGUUUUAAAUGAAUGGCUUAACAUUCUUCAGUCGAUGCAGAUUCCUUUCGCUGUUAUUCCUCUUUUGACUAUGGUUUCUAAUGAACAUAUCAUGGGUGUCUUCAAAAUUGGACCUUCGCUUGAGAAGCUAGCGUGGACUGUGGCGGUGUUUGUGAUGUUGAUAAAUGGGUAUCUUCUUCUUGAUUUCUUCAUGGCUGAAGCGAGCGGGUUUUUUGUUGGGUUACUGGUUUUUGCUGGAGUGGUUUCGUACGUCAUUUUCAUCAUUUAUCUUGUUUCAUAUAGAAGCUCACAACAAUCAUCUUCUUGGUCAAGCUUAGAAAUGUCACAAAGAGUUGCUUCCACAGAGACGUAG